UGCAGGCAGGCUCUCCCUUAAGCGAUGGGGGUAGCGGGACUUUUCGGAAGAUGAUCUUUGUAGGCUACGUCGUACCGACUGCCACAUCAUUCAGUUUAUGGACAGCAAAAUGCUGACGGUUUUAAUACUUUUAAGCGCACUGGCGACAUGCUUGAGCGUCCCAAGAAGAUGUUCUCCAGGAGAAGCAGCAAUAGGAAGAUGCAGAACACCUGCAGAAGAGACGCAGUGUACGGAGAUGGUGCUUGGUUACUGUCAGGAUGUGCCCUAUAGCCACACCACAUUCCCCAACAUUGUGGGCCAUCGUUCACGGCAGGAUUUAGAGAUGGGUGCCGAGUACCUGCUCUUGAGCGUGAUCCACGCGCUGCUGAAUGGAGAGUGUUCUCCAGACCUCCGUCUGUUGGGCUGCUCAGUGUUGGCUCCCCGUUGUCAAGAUAACAGAAUAAUGAAGCCGUGCCGUAGCUCAUGUGAGAUGGUGAAAAAGAGCUGUAUUCAUGCCUUUGAGGCCAUCCAAAUGGCAUGGCCUUACUUUCUGGACUGCGACCGAUUCUUUGUUGGCAGUGAGGAGGGCUGUUAUGACCCACUGUCAGAGUUAAGAGAAAAGCAGGAGGUGGCCUUUGCCGACAUAUCCGAUGGUGGAGUUUUCACUAUCCUUCGGUUCACUUACCACACCAACUCGCAGAUGUUCAGCAUCCUGAAGAAGACAGCAGCAAAAUGCCCCCAUAUCUCACAAACAUACAGCAUCGGGCGCAGUGUGCAAGGAAAAGACUUACUGGUUAUUGAAUUCUCUGAUAACCCUGGACAACAUGACCUAUUGGAGCCAGAGAUCAAAUUAAUUGGGAACAUGCAUGGAAACGAGGUUCUUGGCCGGCAGCUGCUGAUUUACCUGGCUCAGUAUCUGUGUUCGGAGUAUCUGCGGGGCAAUGAGCGAAUUCAGAGUAUCAUCAACACCACACGCAUCCAUAUCCUACCCUCCAUGAAUCCAGACGGCUAUGAGAUUGCCGCUUCUGAGGGUCAUGAGUACAACGGGUGGACCAGCGGUCGGGCCAAUGCACAGAGUCUCGAUCUGAACCGCAACUUCCCUGACCUCACCUCCAUCUUCUACAACCGCCGUCGCUUCAGGCAUUUCCGUAGUGACCACAUCCCAAUCCCUGAGUCCUACUGGAUGAACAAGGUAGUUGCACCAGAGACCUAUGCUGUAAUGAAGUGGAUAAGAUCCUAUCCUUUCGUUAUAUCUGCCAGUCUUCAUGGAGGAGAACUGGUCAUCUCAUACCCUUUUGACCUCUCUAGACAACCCCAAGAAGAAAGGAUGUACUCACCCACACCAGAUGAACAAAUUUUCAGGCGGUUGGCUAGGACUUAUGCAGAUGCCCAUCCCACUAUGUCCAACAACGACACGGAGAGAUGCGGAGCCUCAUUUGCCAAUAAAGGAGGAAUAACCAAUGGAGCACAGUGGUAUAGUUUUGCUGGAGGGAUGUCCGACUUUAACUACCUGCACAGUAACUGUUAUGAGAUCACUGUGGAGUUGGGCUGUGAUAAAUUCCCCUCUGAGGAGGAACUCUAUCCCGAGUGGCUCAGGAAUAAGGAGGCACUGCUCAGCUUUAUGGAGUUUGUCCACAGAGGUAUAAAGGGCAUUGUGAAGGAUGAGCAUGGAAACGGCAUUAAAGGAGCCACAAUAUCUGUUAAAGGGAUGCGACAUGACAUCACUACAGCGGAGGAUGGUGAUUACUGGAGAUUGUUGAAUCCAGGUGUCCACAUUGUGAGUGUAGCUGCUUCCGGCUACUCUAAAGCAUCUAAGCGCAUCAACCUGCCAAGGAACAUACAGGUGAGACGGGUGGACUUUGUGUUGAAGAAGGUCCCACGAGAACCUUCUCUGAACUACUUUAACAUCCCUGAGCUGGACAACUAUGAGCGUUUUGACCCAUUUAAUCAGUUUGAACAGAACAGCCGGAGAGAACUGGGAGAGAAUGGGGAGGAGAGGACUGAGAAGCCCUGGUGGUGGGCUUAUUUCAGCCAGUUAGGUAUAUCUGCACCUACCUGGCUCCUGCAGAACUAGGGAACCUUCAAACACCAUUGGAGGGCAACCUGGCAACUAACUUUUGGCACCCAAGCCUUACUUGAUGAUAGUCAACAUGAUGGUAACAGUAUCUCCUUAUGACAUGCAAGAUGUGCAGCUAACCACUGGAUAUAGUGAAGGCUUUACUGCUAUUGCAUUCUAUACACUACCAGUCAAAAGUCUGGAAUGUGGUGUAUUUUUUUAUUUUUUAUAAAGAAGUCCCUGUUCAACAAGAGUGCAUCAUUGUAAUGUGUCCUUGCUGAAUAAAAGUAUAUCUUUUC